AUAACCUGAUUUGACCGGAAGACACUUUCUUCUAGACGGAGAACGGCUUCCUAAUAAGUUGGAAGAAACGUUAAUUUAAGCAAUAUUUUUAAACAUGUCUUUAUAGGUGCUUUUGACUAAUGUUGUUUUCACUAUCGCGUAGAGCAACAAGCCGUGAAUUCCUCCGACUCGCAUCGGUCGGCUGAAUAACGUUUCCGUUAGUUUAACGUUAUGUUGACGCUAACUUAGCAGCGAAGUUAACGUUAGCGUUCGAUCAACCCAACGGGCCGACCGCUUGCUAACGUUUACCACCCCGCUAAGCCUUCAGAACUUCAGCAGAACAUGAUAACUGCUGACUAUAACGCGUUUUUCUAUGUCGGAUAUGAUUUAAUCGGGCGUGUGGAGUUGACGUUAGCUCGCCUGUAGUCUCUACACCAAAACCGUUAGCGACGUCUCGGUGUUGCUAACUGGGCUAUUGCCGUUCCGGGAGGGGGGGGGGACAAAACAGGCUCAGCCUUCACUUCGACGAAGUUGGAGGGUGCGGUUAUCAUGAAGUAACGAGCCGGGGAGGUUACCGGGGACCGAGGAGUGCUACGGUGGUGUUUCCCUCUCAGCGUCUCGUCGAGGCUCCGACGCGUUGAAAAGGUUGACAGCGAGACACCGGGGUUUAGAAUGACGGCCCUCAGAUCCAAAGCCUCCUUUUGUGCGGGUUUUGUGGUGGGCACCUUCACGCUGUACGUGGUUCUGCGCCAGGUGUACUUCGAGAAGACUUUGUCGCCACAGAAGCCCGGCAGUUUCGAUCCACUUCACGGCCACCAGCCGCCCGAGGAAGAGGAGAACACAUGGAAGAAGGAGAGGUCGGCUCUUUUCAACCUGAAGCACCCUCAUCAUAUAGGCGAGGAUAGCGGCAUGGCAGAUGAACUCUUCAAAAAGGUGCGUAUUCUUUGCUGGGUGAUGACUGGACCCAAAAACCUGGAGACGAAGGCCAGGCAUGUGAAGUCCACUUGGAGUCGCCACUGCAAUGUCAUUGUCUUCAUGAGCUCUGUCGAGGACCCCGACUUCCCCACGGUGGGCUUAGGAACAAAGGAGGGCCGGGACCAGCUGUAUUGGAAAACAAUCCGGGCCUUCCAUUACGCCUACGAGCAUCACAGCAACGACGCAGAUUGGUUCCUCAAGGCAGACGAUGACACCUACGUGAUCGUAGACAACCUGCGUUGGGUCCUUUCAAACCACACGCCGGACGAGCCAAUUUACUUUGGCCGAAGAUUCAAGCCCUACACCAAGCAGGGCUACAUGAGCGGCGGCGCAGGCUACGUGUUGAGCAGAGAGGCUGUGCGGCGAUUUGUGGAGGGAUUUAAAAGCAAGGUUUGCACUCACACAACUUCUGUGGAGGACCUGGCCAUGGGGCAGUGCAUGGAGAAGGUUGGAGUGCUGGCAGGGGACACCAGGGACACUUUGCACAGGGAGACAUUUCACCCAUUCAUCCCCGAGCAGCACCUCACUGCCAAGUUUCCAAAGAGCUUCUGGUAUUGGAGCUACUGUUACUACCCAAUCUCAGAGGGAUCAAACUGCUGUUCGGACGUUUCCGUGUCGUUCCACUAUGUAGAUGCUUUAAACAUGUAUUUAAUGGAGUACUACACGUAUCACUUACGUGCCUUUGGCUACAGAUACCGGUACCAGCCACCCGCCCCGAAGGGCUACAAUGUUGCGCAGUCAAGUUCCUGGCAUGCGAUGGAAGAAAAAGAAGUGCAGACAUCCCAGGGGAAAGCGCAAGAAGGGGGGGGGAAGGUCCAUUAAGGACUGACAAGAGACAUGAUAUAGAUCCCCCCCCUCCUCCUGCUGUUGCUGGGAAGGAACCUGCUGUUCCAGUGGACAGGUAAAACGUGGGUGUGGAAACUAAAGGAAACUCCUUUUUCAUUUUGAAUCUUGGCUCAGAUCUUUACAAAACUAAAAAAUAGCUACACUUUCAUUUGGAAUGUUCCCACACAAAAGUGGGUUUCUGAUGGCCUGCUGCUACUGAGAAUUGCGAUUACAAUACUGGCCUUAAGGCUAAGAAGUGAUUAAUGACUUAUCGUCUUUCUAUUUUUGCUGGUUCUACAAAUGAACAUUUUCUUUAAAAGUUCGGAAUAGCUUUCUCUGACCUCCUCUCACUUGUUAAGUAAUUAAAGCACCUCUUUAAUCCAUAUGAACCUAUUAUGUUUAAGAGCGAGUUGCAUUUUUUUUGUUGCUAAUCCAACAAAACAACUUUAACUUGAACUAUCUACAGCGAUGUAGCCUUUGUUCUGGAGUUGUUUGGCUUCACUUUGUACAAAAUGUCUUCACACCUUGGAAGCCAAUAGUCAAGAGCUGAUUAGACAAAGCGGCUGUCUGCUAAACGUUUUUAUUUUUAAUUCAAUUGAAAGUGCCUCACCUUGAAAGCAAAUCAAACUUACUGUGUUUACUGUAUUUAUAACACAUGUCACAUCUUUUUGCAUCCAAAUUAGACAGGCUGACCUACUGUACUGUACUAGACUAAGGUUGUCACAAUAUAGGCAGAAGUCACGUUUUUUUCCCGGAGUGGGGAAAUGAAUCCUUGUAUCUGAAUGUAUGCUGCGGUAAAAAAAGUAUUUAUUUACAUUUGUAUUAACUAGUUUUUUAUUACUAGUUAUAUUUACAGGACCAGGGCUGCAGUCACGGCUAUUGGGAUCAUUACUGUUUUAGCUUUUAUUCAUCUUCGAUUCAUUGUUUGACCCUGAAAAACACAAAUAUGAUGAAUUUAUUACUUACAGCAAGAACAAUUUUAAACAAUAUUUUGGUAUUUCUAAAUAGUUAUUUUUCGGUCGAGCAAAUGAUUAACCAACUGAUUUAAGCUACCUAACAGUUACUGUGAAAGUGAAGGUGAUAUUUAAACCCCCCCAGAAAAUACAGAUAUGAAGUUAAUUUCGGCAGGGAACCAUUGCUCAGAGGGAUUAGUAUCUCUAUUGCUAAUACAAAAUCAAUGAGGUGAGAAGGAUGCCUUUAAAUCAAAGUCCAAAUCAUUAGAUGUAUACAGUCCAGCCAAAGAAUUCCAUGAGGGAUGAUAAGACACACUAGUCAUUAUUUUGAACCUGGUGCGUUUUAUUUGUUGUAAUCUGUGUAUGUUCAGUGAACUGUGUACUUUCAGGAUGUUUUCUUUCCGCCUGUGAGUUAAUUUACUUUGCCAUGCAAAUAUCAAACACACCUUCCGAGGAACCAGUAAGUUGUUGGUCGAGUAUAAUUCUUUGAGAUAAACCUUGUGUGCUUCCUUGAACGGCACUUGGCACUUCACAUUUUCACUCAUCUGGUUUGUGCCUUGUCAAAUUAAGAUUGUUUUAUUCAUCAGCUGCACACAAGACUUGCACUGUGACAUAGCCAUGAGAGUGACGUUUUCAGAUACUCUAUUUAUUGAAUGCUUCCAAUGGAAUGAGUAUAUCCUUUCAUUAAGCCUGUGGGUGACUUAUGCGUUCAGCGUUCAUUCAAAGACCUAGAACAGGUUUAUCCUCGUUUUUUGUCCUACAAUGUUUUGUGAGUCUUUCAAACGUGGGUGUGUGUUUUGUGGUUAGUGCACGGUACCGUGCAGUGGUUGUGUCUAUUUGCUUAAUUACUUUGUACCUAAUGGAAGGGCUGGGUGCAGCAGUGAUUACCUAAUACAUACAGGUAUACAAUAAUUAUUUCUGAGACAGUUUUUUGUUAGUGAGAACUGAUUGCACUUUUGAGGGAUUAUAAUUGCUGUUUUUCUCUUUAACCACUUAAACCUCUUAUUUUCGUUCAAGGUUAUAAAUGUAUGAUGUAUUUUGUACGUGUUUACACUCAGCCUCCAUCUGCACAUCCUCUCAGAGCAUGUUUUAGUUUUUAUUAAAAUCAAAAAUCCAGUUUAAACCAAAUCAGAAUAUUUUACAUAACUGCGUCAGUUGAAAUUACACCUGUCCAGUAUUUCCGUAGCUUAGGACUUGGGGGCAGAUUCAUCUGGCAGCAGUUCGGCGGGCUCAACACAUCUGAUUUGUAAUGGCAGUAUACUGUACAUCCAGUCCUCGACAAUCAGCUCCAACAUUAGAACUCUAAGGGAAAAACGUGUACAGUGCUGUAUUUAUAUUUGAAGUGUUAAUAUGGUGGUAUUGAUGUCUUUAUUGAGUCAAUACAGUUAAUUGUGUAAAUGAGUUUGGAGAGACCACAAGUGAUCAGUGUGCAGGGUUGUUUUCGUACUUUAAUCACUAUAAAUAAAUGCAUAUUUUACUGUA